AUGACGACGAAGAUCGAUUUAGAGGAAGAAAUUAAGAAAUUGUUAUUCAUGAGUAGUAGUCUUUGUAAUCUUGAUAUGAAGAAUCGAAUAUUUGUGAUCAUGAAGAUGUUUAAAGGGAUGUGUGACAUAGAAGAAAUAGCUUAUAUAAUCCGAAAACAGAAGCAUAUAAAUGUUAAUGAACGUAUAAUUGAGGACGCCAAAAAGAUGUUUAAAAAGCAAAGGAUGAUUGAUAUAUCUAUAGAUGAGAUUAGCAAGCAAGAAACAAUUGAGGAUGAAGCAUCAUUCAAAAAGAUUUUUUUGAAAAUCAAGAAUAGAAUAAUAAGCUGCGAGAUUGAAGAGCAGAUCAAGGAAGAAAAAAGAAAAGCAAGAGAAGUUGAACUUAGCAAGAUUCGAUUAAAGAUUAUAAGGCAUAUGAUUAUGGAUAGGGUUAGAAAAGAAGCAACGAGGAGGGGUAUGGAUAUUAUUGAUAAUAAUACAUUUAAUAAUAUUUGUCAGUCGAUCUAUGAAGAUAAGAGUGAUGGAGAAAUUAAAAUUGAUAAAAGUAUGCGCGGUAUACUUAAUGGCAUAGUGGAUGAAGAAAUCAAAACACAUAAUCAAAUUAAAAUGUUUAAGGGACGUCAGGCAAAACAAAAAAGAAUUAGCAGAAUUGUUGUUGAUACGAUGAAGUAUCGACUAAUUUGUUUUCUACAAAAUAAUUCCGGGAGGAGAGAUAUUAUUAGUUUUAUUCAAGCAUAUAACGUAUCUGACGCAACGCCUUUUGAAUUUAAUGGCACAUCUAAAAAUUCUUGGAAAGAUUUUUUAAUGAAACAAGAAUUAUCAGAAGCAAAUGAGAAGAUCAUAGAAGCAAUGGGGUCAGAAAAUAUAGAUUUUAUUAAUAAAGUACAGAAAAAGCUUAAUAAUGGUGUAAAGACGAAGCUUCAAGAAAGAUGCAAUGAUCUGGAUAAUAUCAGUACAGAAACUAUAUGUGCGAUGUUUGAAGAAAAGAUAAGAAGUAUAGGAAAUGAGAUUCUAGAAGAAUGGUGUAAAGAUCAAGGAAUAGAUAUGGCAAAGGUUAAUCAAUAUACCCAGGAGGAAGAAAUGAUUGAUGAUAAAAAGAUGCUUGAUAUAAUUAGAGGAAGGAUUGAUAAGGACAGGCCGGAUGAUCUAGUAGAGAUACAGAAUACAGUGGCUGAAAUAAUAUCCAAAGAUGAUUCUGCAGCAGACAAAGAUAGUCUUGAAAAUAAGAUUGUGCCAGACAAAAUAAUAUAUGGAUAUGGUAGUGAAGAGCAAGUCGAUGAAGAGAUAAUUAAAAGCAUAGUUGAUGAAACGAUUGCGGAGUGGGAGUGCAAAUCGAAGGUAACUGAUACGAAACGAAUAGUUGCAACAAUAGUGCAAAGGAUAAAGAGUCAAAAGGUAACUAAUGCUGAAAUUGAAAGUGUGAUAGAGCCAUCAAUAAAGGAAAUGCUUAGAGAAAAGAUCAAGAGCAUGAAUAAGGAUGUUGAUUUGAUUAUGAAACAGAUCGAAAAACAAAAAGUGGAAAAUAUUACUACGAGCUUAAUGCAUAAUUCAGAACAUAAUUCUGGCAGUUAUACGAUUACGAUGGCGUUAUUGCAUGCAAUACAACGUAAUAAAAUAACGAAUGAUGAAGAGUUAUGUAAUGUUGUAAUUAGGGAAGAUCAUAGAUACAUAAAUUUCUUUCUAGAUGUUUUCCGCAGCAAUUCACCAUUAUACAUGGAUGCAUGCAAUAAAGUGCUUAGAGAUUACGAUUACAUGGACAUUGAGAGUGCCAAAUUGAUUUUUGACGAAAUUAAAAAAGUUAAGAAAGAGUUUAGAAACAAGAUGAACAAGGAGAGAAUAAUUGAUGCAAUCAGAGGAGUAAUGCAAGAAUAUGAAAUAAUGAAAGAGAUCGAGGGUAAAUUAGAAGCAAGAACAAGCCCAUGUGACAAUAAAAUUCUUGAUGCAGUUAGAAAAGACAUUCGUGAGUAUGAAAUAGUUGCUGCGCUUGGUCGAGCUAAAGAUGAGUUUAUUGAUAAAUUACCAUACUUUGUUGUUGGGUCGAUGAUUGCACUGAAGAGUGGAAGGACGAAAAUUGAUAUGCAAGAGAUUGAAGAUUACAUCAAGAAUAAAUCGCCAAAGUAUAACGGGGAUUAUGAAAAUGUUUUUCAGCUAGGAAUACUUGGGUUGCAAGGAAAAUAUAAGGCAGGAGGUUAUGCUAUGUCUUAUGAUAAGUACUUUGCUAAUAGAAAUCUUUCUGCUCUGUCAAACGAGUUGGAUAAAAUACUAAAGCAGUAUUCUAAUGAAGUUGAGUUAGUACAACUUCUAAAGAAAAAUCACAUUCGUUUUAAUCCGAGAACGCAGCAAUCGAUGAAAGAAAUGAUUGAUGGCAUGCAGAGGGUUUAUGAAACUCUAACUAAUCCUCAGCAUAAAGAUGCAUAUGCUUUGAUACAAAGAAAGAAUGUGUUUGAUAAAGAUACGAUUAUGAUUGAUGGGUUGGAUGAGCAGGCAAUAAAUGCCACGAAGGAGAAGAUUAAGUUUUACCAUGCUCUAUGGAUGUUUUUUAACGAAGCAAACAAGGGUACAAAUAUUACAUUCGCUGGAAAUAAGAAUCUUGAUGGCGUAAUUGGCAUUCAUGUGGAUUAUGUUUUUGAAAACUUGGUGAGUCUAACCAAUCAAUGGUAUGCUGUCCAUGCUAAUAGUUUGCUUAUAAAAAAUUGA